GCAGGAAAGGGCGGCGGGAGAAAUAAUCCUUUCUGGCUUUCCACAUUGCAGUAAUAAGUUUGCAUCGGGGAGGAAGGGGAGAUUCUCGAGAGCCGAAGAAGGAAACUCUUUCACUUGUUUAUUCCUCACUGAAAGCUUUGAAAUGAAAUGGUAAAAUGUAAAAUUUUGUAAAAUGCAAUCGUAACCAGAGAUAAAUAUGAAUAUGAAGCGCAGUAAUAGUAAUGAUAAAUAUGAACAAAUAAUGGAGUGCAGGAAACCACUUAAGCAAAAUGGUAUUUAAUUGUAUAAAGCUUAUAAAAAUAAUUGACCUGAAAUGAAAUGAAAGCUUGCUGGUAGAUUGUACAUAUUUUUAAUUGAAACUCUGGACAUUAAGAAAAAAAUCAGAUAACAUUAUAAUCCCUUAUUUAAAAAAUAAAAAAGUCUGCAAUGAGAGUAUCCCCCUGAAUAUUUUAAAUGCUCCAAAAUGUCCUGUAUAUCAUGGCGAUGGGGUGUGUGGAAAUCUCAGAUCCAGGGGCCAAAUGGGGAUCUAGCUGGACUCUGCCUCCCGCACCCACCCAUGCCAGCCCCAUCUCCCUAGGGUGUUUCAGCCCAUCUCUGAGUCAGGUGCUUUUGCCUGGGUAGAAUAUGCCAUCGAUUAUUCCCCUGACCUGCUUGGAUGGAGUGGUGUGUGCAUGUAAAUAUACCUCUGGUUUCUGUGUGGCUUGAAUGUAUCCCACGGCUUGCGUGUAUUUUACUUCCUUACAUUCAUACCCCACUGAUCCUGCCAGGAGCUCAAGGUAGUUUGCAUGGUUACCCAUCUCCCCAUUUCUUCCUCACAAAAACCCUGUGAGGUAGGCCAGGCUGAGAGACAGUGACCGGCCCAAGGUCACCCAGUGGGCUUCACAGCCAGGUGGGCAUUUGAACCCCAGCCUCCCAGGUCUCAGCACAGAUCUCUAACCACUACACCGAAUUGCCACUCUGGACUAGCAAUGCUCCCUGGUAUUAGACGAGGGUCUUUUCCCAGCCUCUCUUAGAUAAAUCAUGAAUUGGACCUGGAAUAUCUGCUAUGCCAGUGAGCUAUGGCUGCUCUCCAAUCUCUGUUUUAUAUUUUUUUGAAUUAUUUAAUUUUCAAAUAUUACAAAUUCUUUUAAAAUACAAGCAUGAAUAAUUUCUCAUAUCCAUUGACUUCCCAUCCACCCUCCCAUGGUGUUUUUUUAAUUCCUUUACAAAGCUGCAAUGUUACUUAAAGGUAAAGGGACCCCUGACCGUUAGGUCCAGUCGUGGACGACUCUGGGGUUGCGGCGCUCAUCUCGCGUUAUUGGCCGAGGGAGCCGACGUAUAGCUUCCGCGUCAUGUGGCCAACAUGACUCAGCCACUUCCGGCGAACCAGAGCAGCACACGGAAAUGGCGUUUACCUUCCUGCUGUAGCGGUACCUAUUGAUCUACUUGCACUUUGACGUGCUUUCGAACUGCUAGGUUGGCAGGAGCUGGGACCGGGCAACGGGAGUUCACCCCGUCACAGGGAUUUGAUCUGCCGACCUUCUGAUUAACCCACAGCGCCACCCGCAUCCCUCGCAAUGUUACGAUUCAAAAGGGCCCCCCCUGUUGGACGUUGUCCGAAGAGCAAGGGAGGCCAUGCUGCAGAAUGAGGGGAACGAGGCCUCUCUGGCCCUGCCGCUUCCCAAGACGAGCCUCGUCCCCAGUGCAGAGCAAGAGGAGGAGCCCAGGCCCCCACAAUAUCAGAUCUCAGACGGAACAGGGGCUGCCAUUUCGGACACCAGCUCAGCAGGAAACUCGCGGAGGAAUCACUUCUGCCCAGACUGUGGCCGAUGCUUUGCCUUCAGGUUGGCUCUUGCUAGACACCAGAGAAUCCACAGAGGGGAGAAGAUCCAGGAAAACUCUGAGAGUGGGGAAUGUUUGGGUCAGAGUUCGGAGCUUGCGAGCCAUUCGGAAACCCCCAUGUCUUCAGAGUUCAGUAAGGUUCUUGCCCAUCAGCCCAUCGUUCUGAUCCACCGGAACAUCCAUGCAGGAGGAGAUGAGUCAUAUCGCUGCUUGGAGUGUGGGGAAGGUUUCUCCCAACUCUCAGAUUUUGUGAAACAUGAAAGAGGCCACAGAGGAGAGAAACCCCGUAAAUAUGGCGAGAGUAGGAACGGGUUCCCCAAGAGAUCACAGCUUCAUGAACACCGUAAAGUCCACACAGGAGAGAAGCCCCACAAAUGCAGUGUGUGUGGGUUAUGCUUUUCUGGUAGGUCAAAACUUGUUACCCAUCAGCGAACCCACACUGGAGAAAAACCCUACGAAUGCCUGGAGUGUGGGAAAUCAUUUGCUGAAAAGUCAGGCCUUUUAAUCCAUCAGAGGCUUCAUACAGGAGAGAAGCCCUAUGAAUGCUGGGAGUGUGGGAAAUGUUUUCCUCAAAACGCACAGCUCUGGAGCCAUCGUUUGGUUCACACAGGGGAGAAACGGUAUAAGUGCUUGGAAUGUGGAAGAAGGUUUACUCAGCGUUCCUCACUUGUAGUCCAUCAGAGAACCCACACAGGAGAACGGCCCCAUAAGUGCCAGGAGUGUGGAAAAUGUUUCCCCACAAAAGGAAGUCUCAGGCGACACCAGAGAAUCCACACAGGAGAGAAACCCUAUGAAUGUAGAGAGUGUGGAAAAUGUUUUCAUGAGAAUGCUGACCUUCUGAGGCAUCAGACUGUUCACAGCGGAGAGAGGCCCCAUAAAUGUGUGGAGUGUGGGAAAAGUUUUAUUGUACCAGCACAACUUUCAAUCCACCAGAGAAUUCACACAGGGGAGAAACCCUACAAAUGUAUGGAGUGUGGAAAAUGCUUUCCCCAGAAACAGCACCUCAAGGCGCAUGAAAAAAUCCAUACAGGGGAGAAACCCUACAAAUGCAUGGAGUGUGGAAAAUGUUUUGCCCACAAAUCACAGCUUCUUGUACACCAGAGAAUCCACACAGGAGUGAGGCCAUAUGAAUGUGGAGAGUGUGGGAAAUGUUUUUCUACUUCAUCAGGUAUUAUUUCUCAUAGGAGAGUCCACACAGGAGAAAAGCCACAUAAAUGUUUAGACUGUGGAAUGUCGUUUACUAUAGCACAAAGCCUUAGGAUGCACCAGAGAAUCCACACAGGAGAUAAACCCCACAAAUGCUUGGAGUGUGGGAAAUGUUUUACAAGGAAAGACACCCUUGUGACCCAUCAGAGAAUCCACGCAGGAGAGAAACAUUUCAAGUGCUUGGAGUGUAGGAAUUGCUUUUGUCAGAAAGUGAAUCUUUCAAAACACCAGAGAAUUCACACAAUAAGUCAAUCCUAUAAAUGUAGAGUAACAAAAUCCCUUAAGGAGCACCAGAGAAUACACACAGGAGGGAAACCCUACAAAUGCUUGGAGUGUGGGAAAUGUUUUUCUCAGUCAUCACAUGUUCACGAACACCAGAAGGUCCACACAGGAGAGAGGCCUUACCAAUGUGUAGAGUGUGGGAAAUGGUUUUCACAAAGUGGAAACCUUCGAAAACACCAGAGACUCCAUAUGGAAUAGAAAGCGUAUAAAUGAUGGGAGUGCAGGGAAUGCUUUCUAAAGAAAUGAAUCUUUUAUCAACACUGGAGAUUCCACUCAGGAAAUACAAUGCAAGUCUUUGUAGUGUGGGAAAUGGUUCGCUGCUCAUUCGGACCUUCAAAGGCACCAGUUGUUGUUGUUUAGUCGUGUCCGACUCUUCGUGACCCCAUGGACCAGAGCAUGCCAGGCACUCCUGUCUUCCACUGCCUCCUGCAGUAUGGUCAAACUCAUGUUCGUAGCUUCGAGAACACUGUCCAACCAUCUCGUCCUCUGUCGUCCCCUUCUUCUAGUGCCCUCAAUCUUUCCCAACAUCAGGGUCUUUUCCAGGGAGUCUUCUCUUCUCAUGAGGUGGCCAAAGUAUUGGAGCCUCAGCUUCAGGAUCUGUUCUUCCAGUGAGCACUCAGGGCUGAUUUCCUUCAGAAUGGAUAGGUUUGAUCUUCUUGCAGUCCCUGGGACUCUCAAGAGUCUCCUCCAGCACCAUGAUUCAAAAGCAUCAAUUCUUCGGCGAUCAGCCUUCUUUAUGGUCCAGCUCUCACUUCCAUACAUCACUACUGGGAAAUCCAUUGCUUUAACUAUACAGACCUUUGUAGGCAAGGUGAUGUCUCUGCUUUUUAAGAUGCUGUCUAGGUUUGUUAUUGCUUUUCUCCCAAGAAGCAGGCGUCUUUUAAUUUCAUGACUGCUGUCACCAUCUGCAGUGAUCAAGGAGCCCAAGAAAGUAAAAUCUCUCAUUGCCUCCAUUUCUUCCCCUUCUAUUUGCCAGGAGGUGAUGGGACCAGUGGCCAUGAUCUUGGUUUUUUUGAUGUUGAGCUUCAGACCAUAUUUUGCGCUCUCCUCUUUCACCCUCAAUCAAAGGUUCUUUAAUUCCUCCUCACUUUCUGCCAUCAAGGUUGUGUCAUCUGCAUAUCUGAGGUUGUUGAUAUUUCUUCCGGCAAUCUUAAUUCCGGCUUGGGAUUCAUCUAGUCCAUCCUUUCGCAUAAUGAAUUCUGCAUAUAAGUUAAAUAAGCAGGGAGACAAUAUACAACCUUGUCGUACUCCUUUCCCAAUUUUGAACCAAUCAGUUGUUCCAUAUCCAGUUCUAACUGUAGCUUCUUGUCCCACAUAGAGAUUUCUCAGGAGACAGAUGAGGUGAUCAGGCACUCCCAUUUCUUUACGAACUUGCCAUAGUUUGCUGUGGUCGACACAGUCAAAGGCUUUUUCAUAGUCAAUGAAGCAGAAGUAGACGUUUUUCUGGAACUCUCUAGCUUUCUCCAUAAUUCAGCGCAUGUAUGCUAUUUGGUCUCUGGUUCCUCUGCCCCUUCGAAAUCCAGCUUGCACUUCUGGGAGUUCUCGGUCCACAUACUGCCUAAGCCUGCCUUGUAGAAUUUUAAGGAUAACCUUGCUAGCAUGUGAAAUGAGCGCAAUUGUGGAGCAUUCUUUGGCACUGCCCUUCUUUGGAAUUGGGAUGUAGACUGAUCUUCUCCAAUCCAAUGCUUCUCUAAAACAUGUUUUUCCUUGUCCUAUAACUGAAACUAUCAACUGUACAGAACAACCUUACAUUUACUGAGCAAAAUAUCCUCUUCAGUUAUAUACCCAGCACAUGGAACCUUACAAAAGGACGAUAUAAGUGGACUCUCCAUGGCCUGACCGCAGCAAAAGGACAGAUACUGAUGAAUUGGAAAAAUAAAAAUGCGGCUCCCUUCUAUGAUUGGAUUGGAGACUUAUACAAACUCGCAACAUAUAAACGACUUGCAUAUAAAUGCAAACUUGCCAUGGACAAGUUCAAUGAUAUUUUUGAUCCAUUUUUACAAAUACUGUUAAUAGGUUAAAGUCUGGUGAAGUAUAAUAACAACAUUGUAAAAUAUACAGUUUGGGGUUUCCACCCCUCCUGCCCUUAUUUUCCCCUCCAAGCGGUUUCUGUUUCUUUCUCUCUCUUUUAUUUACGUCUCGCCACGUUUAGUGCACAUAUAAUUAAGUACUUUUUGAACUUUCAAUAAAGUUUUUUUUUUAAAGAAAAAAAUUUGACUGCUUAUUUGGCUUCUCUUGCUUUGCUUAAAUUAAUAAAAGCUUUCUUGCAAAGAGUACAUUGAGGUGGAGAUGUGAGGAGUAACAAGUAACCAAAGAGUUAACUGUGUUCUGUAUAGCACCUGACCACUGAGGAAUAUCAUGUUACAGAAUGUACCAGAAGUGUUUCUGUAUGUAUCAGUUGGUUUCGUUUCUGCCUGGGAGACGGUCGCAAGAUGUCUGCGCUCUCACCAGGUUGUUUGUUAUUUUCUCUCUAGAAUAAACUUAAGUAGUUAUUAGAA